GGAAAGCGUCGUGGGCAUAGUAACAGCGCCAUAUUGGAUUAAGUGACAGCACAUAAUCACUUGUACUGUUUUAUUUAUUAAUAUUUUUUAAGCCCACGGCCAAAAUGACAGUUAAUUUGGAAGAAUACUUUGCAACAACUUUCGAGGACAAGCUCCUUGUAAAGAUGCCAGAGCGGGAAGAUGACCAUCUUACUCCUGCUACCCGGCUCUUGGAGAAGAGACGUGAAAUGGCUGAAGUUGAACAGGCUCUGGCAGCACAAAAAGAAGAGUUUCAAAUGAAAAUGGAAAGUUUACAACAGAGAAGAGAGGAGUUGGAAAGAAAGGAAUUUCAACUAAAAGAAGCUCUUUUGAAGUUUGAUAAAUUUCUCAAGGAAAAUGACUCCAAAAGGUCAAGAGCUGUCAAGAAAGCCAAUGAUGAGAUUGAUCUGCGUAAACAAAAGGAAAAAGACAUAGACAAGUUAAGAGAAGAGACGUCAGAGUUUGCCAAGCAGAGGGAAAAGCUCCAAACAAAACUGGAAAAACAUGUUAUCUUCCAGAAGUAUUUAGACAAGGUCUUGGAGACUUCAGAAGAAUUUAGUGAAAUCCGAGAAGUGAUUGCAAGAUAUGCAACGCUCACUGCUACUCAUGAGGAUUUAUUGGAGAGAGAUCAAGCUAAUCAAGAAAAAAUUGAAAAAAUGAGACAGGAUUUAAUGAAAUACACAGAAGAUAAGCACAAUGAAAUCUUAGGCUAUAACAACCGUUUAUCAAGCCUCCAAACAAGAUUAGACAAAGCCCAGAGUGCUGCAGUAAAAUGGGAAUCAAAGUGGACCCACAUCAAAAAUACUGCUGCCAAGAAAACUCUUAUAUUAGGUCAAAUUAAGAUGGCCACCCAUAAUUUAUUCAUGUUGGUAAACAAACACCAGAAACAAGGCCAAACAGAAAUGACAGAGGAUACUAAUGAACAGUUGAACAAGAUUCAGACAUUCAUCCAGGACUUGACACAAAUCACUACAGAAAUUAAGAGGUCAGAGGCAGCAGCUACAUCUAUAGGAGGAACAUCAACACAAUAGACAUACAGGAAUAUGUAUAUGUAUG